UAUCAAUUUAUUCUGUAACCAUCGUCAGUGUCACUUUUAAACAUCUUUUUGAGCAUCAAUCAUACGUUCCCUAAGAUCGCAAGCUCUAAAUGGUAAAAUGAACUUCGUCUACAGAACUUUGGUGUAAUUUCAAAACGAAUAUCUUUGAAUUAUUGCAAUUCGCCAAUUAUAACCCCACUUUGUGUUGUCAAUAAAACGUUUGAAAACUCUUCGUUUAUCCAAGGACAGUUCAACCAAUAACAUCGAACAAUAACCAUGUCAUACUUAAGCCGCCAAGAGAUCGAAAACCUUCGACCAGUUUUGGACAAAAUGGUUUAUCGAGUGCUCGGAUCCAGUGACGAUGUUGUCAGGAAUAUAGUCGAAAAUUGUCUGUACAGCGGAUUCGAUAGGAAGCGGACGAUCGAAAAAUUGAACGAUGUUAUCGACAGCAAGAAAGCGUCUCGUAUGUACGACAAAUUAGAAGAUUUGCUGGAGGAAAACAAAAAUAGUUCGAAAGCAAGGAAGAGGCCACACGAAGAGGAUGAGCGGAAGGAACGCGAUGUCAAGAAAUCCAAACCGACACGAAAUGAACGUGAGCCAUCGAAACCCAGGGAGGAGGAAGCUGCAGCACCGACUGCACCCAAAGAAGAAAGCAGUUUGACGUCCCAACAGAUCAAACAAAUGAUGGCAAAUGCACAACGGGAAAUUGAGGAACGGAAACGGGCUCUUACCGCCUUGAAGACCAAAGAUCCGUCGCUUGGUGCCGAUGCACAAUCAACAGCUACUGUCGAAUCUUCCCAAAAGAUGCAGCCAACAAAUCCUGAAGAUAUUGCCCGAGCCAAAAAGAUUGCCGAUUUACAGGCCCAGAUUCGAGCCAAGUUGUCGGGAUCGUUGAGUGCUAUCAUUCCUCAAGUGCAGGAGAAGCCCAAGCCGUUGAUUUUGGACGAGGAAGGUCGAACUGUGGAUAAAGCUGGUCGAGCAAUUAGUAUACCAACACUGGCGCCGACUUUAAAGGCAAACAUACGAGCGAAAAAGAAGGAAAUUUUCAACAAAGCCUCACAACCAGCGGAACGGAUGUACGAGGACGACACACAAAAAUUUUUCGACGAUCGCAUAGCGGCUAAGUCAGCGUUCCGCAGCAAACGAGCGCUACGAUUCCAUGAACCGGGUAAAUUCCAACAAAUGGCCGAACGAAUGAGAAUGAAGUCCCAGUUGGAGAAGUUACAGAACGAGAUAUCGCAAAUUGCACGAAAGACCGGCAUCAGUUCGGCAACGAAAUUGGCAUUGAUUGCUCCGAAACAGGAUUCGCACGCCGACGAUGUACCAACGAUGGAAUGGUGGGAUUCGGUAAUAUUGGCGAAUGAUCUGUCAACUAUGGACGGGGAUAAGAUUGCGAUCCGUGAAUCGGCUAUUUCGAAUUUGAUUGAACAUCCAACACAAAUGAAACCUCCCAACGAGCCGCUGAGACCGUGCUAUAUGCCAGUGUUCUUAACCAAGAAAGAACGAAAGAAAUUGCGUCGUCAGAAUCGUCGAGAAGCCUGGAAAGAGGAGCAAGAAAAAAUUCGAAUCGGUCUGGCCCCACCACCUGAACCGAAGCUUCGAAUUUCUAAUUUGAUGCGUGUGCUGGGCAGUGAAGCCGUGCAGGAUCCAACUAAAAUAGAAGCCCAUGUUCGGGAACAGAUGGCCAAGCGACAAAAAGCCCACGAAGAGGCAAACAAUGCGCGAAAGUUAACAGCGGAACAGAAGCGGGAGAAGAAGGUCCGCAAAAUGAAGGAGGACACAUCGUGCGGCGUUCACGUCAGUGUCUAUCGAAUCCGUGAAUUGUACGACAUUCAGUCGAAGAAGUACAAAGUCGAAACGAACGCAAAACAACUGCACAUGACUGGAGUGGUGGUUCUGUUCCGCGAUUGUUGUGUGGUCGUUGUCGAGGGUGGACCGAAGCAGCAGAAAAAAUACAAAAGACUCAUGCAGACCAGAAUCAAGUGGGAAGAGGACAUGGUGAAAAAUGCUGACGGCAACGAGGUACCGAAUUCGUGUACAUUAGUUUGGGAAGGAACAAGUCAACGGCGCCACUUCGGCGAAGUGAAAUUCAAAGUUUUUCCCAUGGAAAAAAUGGCACGCGAAUUUUUCCAAAAGCACCAAGUGGAGCAUUUCUGGGACCUUGCCUAUUCGGGAGCUGUGCUGGAAGCGUCUGAAGACGUUUGAAACUAAUGCCAAUGUCGGUGUGCGUUAAGUGUGUACAAUUCGGAAAAUAAAUGACUCGGACGUGACUUGAAUCAAA